ACAGAUAUCAAAACAAGUGCAAUUUCGGGCCAUAGGUUCAGUCCUGUGUUUUCUGUAGUCAUUAUCUACUGCAAAACGACCCUACCAGACGCCUGAAAGGAAGACCAGGUUUUGCUGAAGUAGUCAGAUGAAGGCUAGAUUCUGUUGUGACCGUCAGACUUUAAAGAUGAGCAUCUGGCUGAUGAUGAUCUGGGUCACUCACACUGUGGGAACAGGUAAACAGUUUUUACUCUUUUUUUCAUUUAGCAAACAUUUAAUAUGCAGAAGGUAGAUGAUAAUGGAUGGACUAGAUACAUUGAUGGGCAGGAAUUUUGUAGUUAUAAAAAUUGAAUGCUUCUUUAUUUUGAAAUUGAGUUCUAUAAGAAGGCACUAUAGAAAAGAGAUAAUAACAACACAAUAACAAACAUUGCAAUCUUUUCACCUAGGGACGAAGCCCUUCAUUGUAACACAGUGGCCGACAGUGGCUGAGGUGAUGGCUGGAGAAGAUGUCAUUUUAAACUGCAACAUUGUAGAGCUGUACUCCUCGUGUUCAACAGUGGCUUGGCUGAAAGUCAUUCCCGAGAACGCAACGAUCAGCCUGACCGACAGACUUCAGAUCCAUCCUCAUUACUCGUCCAACCAGUGGACCAGUAUUUGUACUGCUGUCAUCACCAAUACAACAGUGCAUGACUCCAGUAUGUACUACUGCGCAGCUGUGCACAGCCGCUUUGCUCACAUCGGUAAUGGAUCCAGAGUCAUUGUGAAAGAACACACUGUGUUUCCUGUUAUUGAUAUUCUUACUCCGCUGAUCACAAACGGUCCUUCGGUCCCUCUUCAGUGUGUUGUGAAGGGGGUCGAGGCUUCUCAAGUUCAUGUGUUCUGGACUGUGGAGGGGAAAAAGGAGAAAGGACAGCCAGUUUUGACACAUGGGAACGAUGGUGUCAUCCAGAUCACUAGGAGCCAGAUCCUGAUGACUGCUGAGGAGUGGGAAAGGAAGGUGCAGUGUGUGUGUGUAGUGCAGUUUGGAGGACAGCUCUAUAACAAGACCCUUCAGCCACAUGAUGCACCAGAUGUGUGUUAUGCAGCAAAAUACAUAUAUUUGUCUGUCUGCUUAAUAUUUGCUCUCCUGCUUCUGGCAACAGUGGUUAUUUAUAGGCUGGGACGGAAAACCUUUUUGAUGAUGUCUCUAUGAAAACACAUAUAGUUUCAAAGAGCUUUCAGUUUAUGUCCAGUAUUUUGCUCUAACCCAUUUUUAUUUAUCAAACUUAUUUUGGUAUUUGGCAUUGCUGUACAUCAGAUGAAAGAAGGCAACAUUUACAAAUAUUUUGACAUCUCUUCCCAAAAAGCAUAAGUAAUUCUGAUAUUUAUGUUCAGAUCGUUAUGGAUCUUUGAUGUUUUGAAUAGUGUUGUUUAUAUUGUGAAUUGAAAUGGUCAAUUUAUACUUUCAUCCAAUAUGUUCUGAACUCUGUUUAUUCCAAUAGACUGAAUAAAAA